ACGUUGAGACCGUGAGGGAACCUUAUACCUUCAAGCGCUCCCACUACAAGAGCGCCGCGGUCGUUGCUACAGGCGUGCUCCUUGCUCGCUCCCAGCAUCAUUGUCAACACCAUGCCUCUCGACAAGCCAUACAGUGGGACCAAACGAAAGCUCGUCUUAGGAAUAGACGUUGGCACGACCUACAGCGGCGUCUCGUUUUGUAUUCUCGACCCAGGAGAGAUCCCUCAGAUUCGCAGCGUUACAUGCUAUCCCGGACAAGAAGGAGACAACAAGUUGAGGGACACAAAGAUCCCCACAAUCGUCUACUAUGACGAAGAAGGAACAGUUCGUGCGGUAGGGGCGGAGGCCAGAUUAGACGCCAAUCGACUCCAGGCCUUGGAUGAAGGCUGGGUGUUGGCCCAAUGGUUCAAAUUACACCUUCGUCCACGCGACUUGGCGUCGGAUGAUGAACAUUUGCCAACACUUCCGCCGACCAAGACCGUCAUACAGAUCAUAGCGGAUUUCAUGCGAUACAUAUACAAAUGCGCCAAAGAGUUUAUCUCCGAGAAACACCCAACGGGACGUCAACUGCUGCAGUCUGAGUCGAAUGUCGAGUUCGUUCUGACGCACCCUAAUGGAUGGGGUGGCAGCCAACAAGCAAAGAUGCGACGAGCAGCUGUACUUGCAGGCCUCGUUCCAGACUCGGGCGCUGGCCAAUCGCGGAUCCAUUUCGUGACAGAGGGCGAAGCUUCUCUGCACUACUGCAUAACUAAUGGUCUCACAGGAGACGUCGUCAAGACCGGCAACCAGUUGAUGAUCGUCGAUGCUGGAGGAGGUACUGUUGAUCUGAGUACCUAUAGGAUUACGAGCACGGUACCUGCCAAGGCCGUUGAGAGCAUUGCUCCGGAUUGCGUCAUGCAGGGCUCCACGUUUGUCAAUGACAGAGCUGGACAAUUCCUCAGAGACAAGCUUGGGAACUCCCGUUUCAGCAACGACGAGGACAUCCAGACUAUGCUCGAGUAUUUCGAGAACUCGACCAAGCCUACGUUCAGGGACUCUACGAAGGCUUCCUAUAUUAGGUUUGGUGGUCCUCGAGAUACCGAUGAGCAGUGCGGCAUCAAGAGAGGAACUUUGAGUUUGUCUGGGUCGGAGAUGGCUACUCUCUUCCGACCUUCUGUUAGCGCUAUUGAGAAUGCAAUGCGGAGACAAUCGUCAGGGGCCAGUGGACAAAUCAACAUGGUGCUGCUUGUGGGAGGGUUUGCGGCGAGCCCACACUUGCGUGCCGAGCUUCAGAGCUACGCACAGCGCUCCGGAUUAUCGCUGUUCUAUCCUGACAGUGGACAGAGUCAGCCCGCCAAAGCCGUCGCGGAGGGCGCUCUAUCUCAUUAUCUCGAUGAUGUUGUGUCCGCACGUGUGUCGAAGUACGCCUACGGCUCGUCUUGCAGCCGUCCCUAUAUCCCGUUCCUGCCCGCCCAUACGAAACGACAGGACAAGGUCGGCCUAGGCGCAUCGGGUAUUCCGCUUGUUCCGGAUGCCUUUUCGACUAUCCUACCCAAGGGAACGCUAGUGUCGAAGGAGGAGGAAUUUGAGGAAUCCUUUGUGCAGAACACUUUCUCCACCCUCAAUGAGAUCUCGAGCGAUGUGACCCGUUACAAAGGAUCUGAGCGAAACCCGCAAUGGAUGGAUGAAGAGCCGGAAAUGUUUGACACGCUGUGCACUAUACGCGCGGACAUUUCGCACAUUCCGAAGGUGCAGAAGCGAGGUAUGCGAGGCGACUAUUACGAGCAAGAUCUCAAGGUGAUCCUCCUGUUUGGCCUUACCGAGUUCAAGGCGCAAUUGUCUUGGAUGGAGAAUGUGAGUCCAUCACGACGACAUGGCUAUCCAAUUGCACCUACUGAUAAUGGAAACUGUAGGGUCAGGAGAAAAGGUACUCAUUCAUGAGAGCCCUGCCACCAUUAUCUACGAGGACGACAGUGAUUGACCUAGGUAACCUUUCUCACGAACGGAACUGCCUUGGAGCAGCGUUAGCCGUCGUUCGAACGUUCUGCAAUGUACUCUCAUGUACCAAAUAUCGUUGUACUUGCUUUGUUUCUUGUUGUCGUGCAUUUGUACUGUUUGCUUGUGACUAGCGAUAUAUUUUAUCUGUGGCGCUGUG